GGAAGCGGUCUUUACUGACCCGAACCUUUAAAUCUGAGCAGGAUUUGACGCUCCGACCCGCAGAGGGCGACACCGCCCGCUGAUGCGGGACUAAGAGCGGGGAAGAAGAGCGGCCGUGGACCGGAACCCGCUGGUUCGGUAGUCAGGAGAGCUCAGAAGACCACGAAUCGGUCCGACUCCGAAGGUUCGGGCUCGGUUUCCCUCCGCAUCGGUCAAAGAGCCGGCGCUUCUCUGCGCAUGCUCCUGACAGCGCUGACGUCGACCAGGAAGGAACGUCUGGAAGCGAAUCACGUGGUUCAUCUGCAGGCUGCACUUCCGGUCCUGUUGAUUGGUUCUGGAGUUUGGACCAGACAUGUCCGUCCAGCUGUGCUGCCUGUCGUUCCGGGCGCCGUACGCCGGUCUGGUUCUGGACGGCGUGAAGACCGUGGAGAGCCGCUGGCGGCCUCUGCUGGCACCUCUGGAGAACCAGACCCUGGCGAUCCACGUAGCCUGGCGGGACUGGGAGGGGGACGAGUGGAGGGCCGUGCUGAGCGGCGCGUUGGGGAUGAGUGGCGCUCGGAUCCAGGAGCUGCUGGACUCUGGGGAGCGCUUUGGUCGUGGCGUGGUGGCAGGACUGGUUGAUGUGGGUAGGACCUGGUUGUGCCCCGCCUCCCUGCCAGAGGCGGAGCUACGUCACCUGGAGCGGUCGGCGGUUUUGAUUGGUCUACAGGAGAAACACCUGACCCACCUGUCUAACCCCCGCUGGUUAAAGGAGCCUCUGAAAGCACGAGGAAGUCGUGACCUUUGGACUGUGGAGAUCCCUGUUAAGAUGUUACCAUGACGAUGCGCUUUAUUGCUACCGUGGAAACGGUCCUCAGGAAGCUGCACCUCCAGUUGCCAUGGUAACCGGUGGUGGAUAUUUAUGCUUUUAUAAAACGACAUUUUUUGCUUCAUUUUAAGGUAAUUUCAGCCAUUUAAUGAUGUAAUAAAGUGCAGCUGCAGACUCAGAUAA